CAGAGCCAACGCCUCUGCUGUGAAUGGGUCUUUAGCAUUUCUUAAGUUUUCUCUGAUCUCUUGCAAGAUAGCUCUGCUGUUUACCAUAAAAAGUACACUGUUUUGGAUUCUAUAAUAAUAAAAAGAAGGGAAGAAAAACCAAUGGAAGAGCCCCAUUCAAUGAACAGUCCAAGGACAAUCCUUAGUUUUUCAAAAAGAGGAAGAACAACGACAGCCUCUGUCUCAUUCGUUGAUCCAAAUGAUGAAAAAUCAAAUUCCGUGGAACAUGGUCCAAAACCUUCUGAAGUUUAUGGAUUUGUUGGUUCCAUUACGACUGUUGUUGCUACAGCUAUUUAUUUAGCAUGGGCAUAUAUUCCUGAACCUUGGUUACAUUCAAUCGGGAUCUUCUAUUAUCCUAGCAGGUAUUGGGCUUUGGCAGUUCCAACUUAUGCUAUGGUGAUAAUAGUUCUAGCUGUCACAUUUUAUAUCGGCCUCAACUUCAUGUCAACCCCUCCACCAACUUCAUUAACCACAAUGUUUGAGAACCUUCGAGCUUUUUGUCUCAUAUGGAGGGAGAUGAGCAGCCAAUUGAACCCAUAUCCGAUCUUGGGAUCGACAAGAUUAAUGUUCUCAUGUUCGAUGAUACUAAAUGACACGUCCACUCUAGUCGUUCAUCGAUACUGCCUCUCCAUUAUUGGGUCUGGAAAGCAUCCACGCUUCUCUUUAAACCGGAUUAGCUGGCAAGUUUUGAAGAAUUUGUCAUGCAAUUUCUUAUUGUUUGAGGCAAAAAAGGUUUGUAUUAGGGUUUAGGAGAUGUAUUUAUGAGAUGAAUCAAUUUACCUUCACUCUGUGACAUAAGAUUGAGGAGUUUU